CCAAAGCAGCUCAUUUUCUGUUGAUUUUUCUUAUUUACUCAGCCUCAAGUGAACAGGUUGGGCACUAAGACCCAGAGAGGACAGAAAGCAGAGCAGUAUUCACUUCAUUUCGUGCUGAGAUGCUGAAGAAGGGAACUGGGUGUAGUUGUCUGGUCUGAUGGUAUUUUAAAGGCACUUUGUUUAAUUUGCUCUGUUAUUCAUUAAUUUCCCUGCAAGAUGAGCAAGAGGUUCACGGUCACCUCAAUCCAUGGAGAGGACGAAGCAGCCUGGGCUCAAACUAAUAUAUCAGGAGCAAGAAAAGAAGGCAGCUUUUCAAAUGGAAAUGAAGCACCAGAACUGUCUGAGCACAGGGACAGCUCUCUGCCGGCUGCACCACAAGUUCCAAAACCAGGAGAUGCCAACCCCAAGGAAAGCAGUCCAUUCAUUAACAGCACUGAGGCUGAGAAAGGAAGAGAAUAUGAUGGGAAAAACAUGGCUCUAUUUGAGGAAGAAAUGGACACCAGCCCCAUGGUGUCAUCUCUUCUUAGUGGACUGGCCAACUACACCAACCUUCCCCAGGGGGUAAAGGAGCAUGAAGAGGCUGAAAAUAAUGAAGGAGCCAAGAAGAAGCAAGUCAAGGCAACACGAAUGGGUACAAUCAUGGGAGUCUACUUUCCCUGCCUGCAGAAUAUCUUCGGAGUCAUAUUGUUCUUACGUCUGACGUGGGUUGUGGGUGUUGGCGGGAUCAUGGAAACUUUCUUCAUUGUCAUCUUGUGCUGCUCCUGUACCAUGCUGACAGCAAUCUCGAUGAGUGCCAUCGCUACUAAUGGUGUUGUGCCAGCUGGUGGCGCCUACUACAUGAUCUCACGCUCAUUGGGUCCUGAAUUCGGUGGUGCGGUAGGUCUUUGUUUCUACCUGGGAACAACAUUUGCUGGUGCCAUGUACAUCCUGGGUACCAUUGAAAUCCUGCUGACCUACAUAUUCCCUGGUAUGGCAAUUUUCAAAGGCGAGGAAGCCAGUGAGGAAGCAGCAGCCAUGUUGAAUAACAUGCGUGUGUAUGGAACGUGUGUCCUCACCUGCAUGGCUCUAGUAGUCUUUGUAGGAGUCAAAUACGUCAACAAGUUUGCUCUGGUAUUCCUGGCAUGUGUCAUCUUAUCCAUUCUUUCUAUUUAUGCUGGAGUAAUCAAAUCUGCAUUUGACCCACCAAACUUCCCUGUCUGUAUUCUAGGGAACAGAACAUUGUCACAGAGUGAUUUUGAUAUUUGUGCCAAAGUGAUCACUGUGGCCAAUAAGACCGUGACCACCAAACUUUGGCGACUCUUCUGCACGUCUGAUUUGCUCAAUGCAACAUGUGAUGAAUACUUUAUGAACAACAACGUCACUGAAGUACAAGGGAUCCCAGGAGUCGCCAGUGGACUUAUAGCAGAGAAUUUGUGGUCGAAUUAUCUGACUAAAGGUGUGAUUGUGGAGCAUAGUGCACUGCCUUCUGUCCCCGUCACCUCCAGGAAAGUUGACUUGGAGCAACCUUAUGUUUUCACUGACAUUACAUCAUUUUUCACACUGCUGGUCGGCAUCUACUUCCCUUCAGUAACAGGAAUCAUGGCUGGUUCAAAUCGUUCUGGAGAUCUUAGGGAUGCCCAGAGGUCUAUUCCAAUUGGUACCAUCAUGGCGAUUGCAACAACUUCUGCAGUCUAUGUAUCCACUAUUAUUCUCUUUGGUGCAUGUAUAGAAGGUGUGGUGCUCCGAGACAAAUUUGGAGAGGGCGUGAAUGGAAAUCUUGUCAUUGGAACGUUGUCCUGGCCAAAUCCUUGGGUCAUUGUGAUUGGCUCAUUCUUCUCAACAUGUGGCGCUGGUCUUCAGAGCCUGACAGGCGCCCCUCGCCUCUUGCAGGCCAUCUCUCGAGAUGGGAUUGUACCAUUCCUACGGGUGUUUGGCCAUGGAAAAGCAAACGGUGAACCCACCUGGGCCCUGCUACUGACAGCAUGCAUCUGUGAAACCGGAAUUCUCAUUGCCUCUCUAGAUGAAGUAGCCCCCAUCCUUUCCAUGUUCUUCUUGAUGUGUUAUAUGUUUGUGAACCUGGCUUGCGCUCUGCAGACUCUACUCCGAACUCCGAACUGGAGACCCCGAUUCAAAUAUUACCACUGGGCUAUGUCAUUCCUGGGAAUGAGCCUGUGCCUGGCCCUGAUGUUUAUAUGCUCUUGGUACUAUGCCAUUGUGGCCAUGGUAAUAGCUGGACUUAUCUACAAGUAUAUUGAAUUCAAUGGAGCUGAGAAAGAAUGGGGUGAUGGAAUCCGUGGCGUGUCUCUCAGUGCGGCCCGCUACGCUCUACUCCGGCUUGAAGAAGGUCCUCCGCACACCAAGAACUGGAGGCCCCAACUUCUUGUGCUUGUAAAGGUGGACCAAGAUCAGAAUGUCAAACAUCCACAACUUCUGGCAUUCACCUGCCAGCUGAAGGCUGGGAAAGGACUCACUAUUGUGGGCUCUGUGUUACAGGGCAGCUUCCUGGAAAAUCACACCCAGGCCCAACGGGCUGAGGAGGCGAUUAAACGUCUCAUGGAAGUGGAGAAGGUGAAGGGGUUCUGCCAGGCAGUCGUAUCGUCCAACCUGCGCGAUGGCAUGUCCCACCUCAUCCAGUCAUGUGGUCUAGGAGGAAUGCAGCACAACACUGUCCUGAUGGGUUGGCCAAGAGCUUGGAGGCAAUCUGAUGAUCCCAGAACGUGGAAAAAUAUAAUUGAAGUGGUUCGAGAAACAACCGCAGGCCGCUUAGCCCUUCUGGUGGCUAAGAAUAUUGCAGCCUUCCCAUCCAGUCAGGAGAGGUACUCUGAGGGUUAUAUCGAUGUCUGGUGGAUAGUCCAUGAUGGAGGAAUGCUGAUGCUGUUGCCGUUCCUUCUCAGGCAGCACAAGGUGUGGAAGAAGUGCAAGAUGCGCAUUUUUACAGUGGCCCAGAUGGAAGAUAAUAGUAUCCAGAUGAAGAAGGACCUUACCGUAUUCCUCUAUCACCUGCGUAUUGUAGCCGAAGUGGAAGUCGUAGAGAUGCAUGACAGUGACAUCUCAGCUUAUACUUAUGAGCGAACACUGAUGAUGGAGCAGCGGUCCCAGAUCCUGAAGGAAAUGCAACUGACGAAGAAUGAGAGAGAGCGUGAGAUUCAGAGCAUCACCGAUGAAUCGCGUGGCUCCAUUCGUCGUAAACAUCCAGCGAAAGCCAAGCUGCGCAUGGGAUCUCAGGAGGAACAGGAGGGAAGUGUUGAAGAGAAGCCUGAGGAGGAGGUUCAGUUGAUUCUUGACAAAACGGCUUCCACUCAGUCAAUAGCUUCUCAGUCACCUGCAGAUGAGGUGAGCACACCUGGAGAGAAAGUUCACAUGACCUGGACAAAAGAUAAGUUAACAGGAGAUAAGAGCAAAAACAAAGGACCUGUUACACCAGAAGAAAUCCGGGAUCUCUUCAGUAUGAAACCUGAGUGGGAGAAUCUAAAUCAGUCAAAUGUUCGGCGGAUGCACACAGCAGUGAAACUGAAUGAAGCCAUUGUGAAGAAGUCGCAAGAAGCAAAGCUGGUCCUCCUGAACAUGCCUGGACCUCCUAAAAAUCGGAACGGAGAUGAAAACUACAUGGAGUUUCUGGAAGUGUUGACAGAAGGUCUGGAACGCGUGCUGUUGGUCCGUGGCGGAGGCCGAGAAGUUAUCACCAUUUACUCCUGAGCAUCAGUCCUGACCUACGUUCACACAAUGAACCCAUCACAGCUUUUUCUCAGUAACUCCUAGUCUCUUCUCAAUGUAUAAUAUUUCUCGUGCAGCUAAUGAAACAUUCUAUUCAAUUCCUGGCAAUGGUAUUUGUAAAAUGUUUCCUGUUGGAGGCAUGAUAGAAAGUAAUACUGAAAGACCAGUAAGGGGAAUGCUCACCGACACAGCUUCUUGUCUUAAAUUACUUUGCUUAUGCCUGUCUUCAGUUGUUCUCUAGGAACUUGCCAUUCAAGUACAAUAUUAGAAAGCUAUCAUUAUAAUACAUGGGCACUGUAGGUGUCAGUAACCCAUUCUGGGAUGUAUGGCUACAUACACAAAUUGGCAACAUUAGUAAUGCAAGAGAAAACUUUCCAGAAAACAUCCUAUUUACAAUUUAAACCUUGGUGCAUCAUGUGUGGAUUACUCCACAGGUGAGCUGUUCGUUAAGGUAGUCAUUCAAGGCCAGGAUCCUUCUACUUUACACAAGAUUAUUAGGCAAGAAUUUGGCUUACUUGCAUCUGCGAUGCAACCUUGUCAAUCUCCAAACAUCCAGUAUAAAUGAAUGAAAAACUGGCCCUUUAGCUGGUGUUUAUCCAGUUGAAGGCUCAUCUAUUCAAGAUGGACUCAGUUUCCAAGAUACCACUGGGGGCAGGUGAGAAAAGAAAGCUAUUUAUUUUUAGAGGAUGUAAAAUAGAUAAAAUAUGGUAUAUUAGAUACAAAUAAAGUAAAAUAAAAUAUAAAGUGGGAAAGAGAAGCUUGGGGGUAAGUUGAUGUUACAUUUAAGUGUCGUGUUUCUUUGUAUUGUCAAUACUGUUUUCUGAUUGAACAAGUAUUACAAUAAUAAUACUGCUCUUGCUGUUUCAGUAACCUUAAUACUUAUCAUUAUUUCAGCAAGACACUAGUUCUCUUGCAAUUUAAGGGUUAAUCGGAUUCAUCAGUUGAUGUGAAACCGCUCCAUAUUAAUUAUAUGUUACACACUGUACAAUUAGUUGAGAUGCGCAUUCUCCAAUAAUAUUUAUCCAAAAUACAUUAGGUUUUGUGGACUACAUUUCAAAACAUCUCGAUAAUCCUUUCUCACAUAUUUAGUGUUCUUAAGGUUGUGAUUAUUUUUUGGCUGGAAUGAAUUGAGAAGGAAAAUAUGAGCAAUAUGAAUAUAUUUUCACAGAUAAGAAGCAUUUUUCACUGACCCUGAUAAAGGAUAUUCAGUUAUUGCUGAUUAUGUAUAUACUAUAAAUAGCAAAUUACUGUAACCUGAAAGAAGGGCUGAUAUAUAUUACUCAAGGAGAUAUGUGCAUCUAGAGAAUAUUAGCAGUCGUUUAUUACAAGGUUCACAAAUUAAAAGUUACUACUCAGAAAGUGUGUUUCCUAAUUAGAAACCCUGAAAUGUAAAUGAUUAAUAUCUAUCACAGCAUAUUGUGAUUUUUGUGUUUCAUUUCUUGACAUAUCAAACUGAUUGUGAUUAGGAGCCAAUAUCAAACAUGUAAUUAGAUACACUUGAUCAAUUUUCAAAAUUAUAUGGCAACAUAGAACAUAAAAAUUAAUGAUUUGGGCAGUUUGCUCAUGUAUUUAAAAGCUGUGUCUUGUGGGCAUUUCUCUUUGAUGAUAAUUUGUUACAUGCUGCAUUUUAAUAGAUUUCUACAACUGAAACAAGCUGUAUUUAGUUUUUGAUCAUUCAGUGCAUUUAUUGGGGAAAUAUGAUCAGAAUAUAUAAAAUUUGAUCUAUUCAAACAGAGUGGGGAAAAUGAAGCAUUUAGUAGCAGAACAGUUUUGCGAAAGAUAAAAUGACUGAAAUUAAGGAAAUUAACUUGUUAUAGCAAAUUAUCAAACAAAAAUUCUAGAGUAGACAGCUGCACAAUCUUAGCUUUAACAUCAAAGCAACUACCUAGAGUUACAAUUAUACACACAAAUGUUUAACACUUCAGACAUUCACUUGUUUCAAGACGAUUUGUAUUUUCAAGACUGUUACAUACUGAAGAUUAGGAUUUUGAUUGCAAAUCUGAUAUGACAAUGACAUAACAAUUUCCAAAGCAUCUUCUGAUUCUCAAUCUUUACUUCACUAAAAUUCAUUUUGUUGUUUCAGUGAUUCUUUACUUUCAGAACCUAUUUUAUGGUAUUUCCUUGGAAAUAGGCUUGCAAAAAGGCAACAUUUAAAUAUUCAUUGUGGUACAUAAAACUGAAGUAAUAAUGGUAUGCAUUUAGUGGCCACAAGAUGUCACAAAUGUUUUCGUCACCAUUUCUUAAAUAUUUAUUUUCGCCCUCAUAUUACUUUUCAUUAUUUUAACCAAUAAUUAAAACAGUAUUCAUCUUAGAAAAUAUUAGAGCUCUUUGGUUUAUUUUGUAUGACUAUUACCAGACAAUUUUUUGUAUCUCAUACAUUUUCCCGAUGACACCAAUUCUAUCAACAAUGAUAAUCAUAUUGUCUUUGCAUUUUUCAAUUUGUCAUGAAUGUGUUUUGUUUCUGAGUCAAUGAGAGAGAGAGAGUGACCUAGUAAAAAUACAAGUUCACUGUUAAAUUCAUUUAAUUGCUACAGUGAUUAUCACUGGUUGCGUGCAAUGUGCUUCACUGAGUGUUGCCGUAUCCCAUUCGCAUAUACCUACAACGGUACAACUUGAGGAAUUACUCAAACCUGGUAACAUGCAUAGCAACAGUGCAUGCAAAAAACCACUACACAAUAUUGUUCAAAUCAUCAAAUACAGGAACCAUUGUUAAAUUGGAUAAUGGGUUAUUAAAUUAAUGGGAUAAAUAAUCCAAUAUUUAUUUUGAAUCUCCAUUCAAUAGACCUAGAUAAUAUUUAACCCAUUUCCUUCAUUAGCCAUAAUUGCAAUAAUCAGCAACCUGAACUUUCUCAUACCACGUAAAUUCAUACAAGUAUAAAUAAAUUGUAAAUUGUUAAUUAUGGAAGAGUCUGUCAUUUAAAUGAUAAGAAAACGGUUUAAAACCUAUUGAUAAAAUGUGACAAUUUCUAGCAGUAUUUACGAGAACAUUAUUGGCUAGUUUCUCUUGGAUGUUUUGAAUAUUUCUUAAUGCAACUAUGGGUACUUCCCCUGACCAUUUUCAAACAUUGUCUGUGGGAUUUCACCAGCUAAUACAUACCUGAAAGUGCCUACAGCUAUCUACUAGACAGAUAUUAAAAGUACUGACAGGUACUUCAUUGACCUUUUCUAACCCUGUUUAGACAUUUUACUAGCCUGCAACCAAGUGUAUUUCUGUAUGCACUAAAUAGUUACUAUCAGUAUAUAAAAGUAAUGUAUUGGCCAGUUUCUUACAGUAAUAAUUUGUCAUUUUAAUCAUAAAUAUUCACAGGAUCCUAUAGUGAUUACAGAAAUCUACCAGCCAAAUUGUAAUAGUAUUUAUUAGCAUUUUUCUAAUGAAGAUAACCCACAACUGUUUACUGAAACCAUUGUAUUUGUAACUACUGCUAUUUGCUUGUCAAUUUCUAACCGUAUAACAGAUUUAUUUAGCCAACUGAUUUUUAGUUCCCAUCAGAACAAUGUAUUGUUCUGAUGGGAACUAAACAUCAGUUGGGUAAAUGAAUCUGUUACGCGGUAUUGUUCUGCUUAAAUAAGUACCUAGAAAAAAGUUAUUUAAACUCUUAUUAACACCUAUAGAUGCUAAAAAAAAGUGAUUGCACAUACGUAUUUAUCAGACAGUUUCAAUAGACAUGUACUAGCCUUUAAUUAUUGGACAUCUGUUAUUGAUUCCAAUGGUAUUAUUAUUUUUCAGGCAGCUUCAAAUGUAUCAAUAUAGCUUCUACUAAAUCCACUGAUAUCUAUUUAUUGGACAGUUCCAUUGUUUACUUUAUUUACUAUACUGGUUCUAAUCAAAGCUGUGGACAUUUCAUUGACUGAACAGCUUCUGUUAGAAAGCAUGGGUGUUUAAUUACCGGACAAUUACUCUUGGUACUUGCAGGUGUUUAUUUGCUGGACAGUUGGCUUAUGUAUACAUGGGGAUUUAUUCGCUGGACAAUUAUAAUGCUCUUACAUGCUCAUUCCUCAAGAUACCUCUACAUGCUUCUCCUGAUGGUUUCUAUCAGUGUAGUUAAGCUUCGAGCUUCCAGUGUCUUCCCGGGAUAGGAUUAUUCAGUGUUGUAAGAACUUCAUAAAUACAUUCGGAUUCAAUGAGUAUGUUCAUAUGAUUUAUAGCCUUUGUUGAAUUGGUCAUUCUGCAAAUGGCACAGAUUUAUAAAAUAAGCCAAAGAGGAAAACUCUAAAAUCAGACACUUCAUGCAGUCAUGCAAAUACAACAAACCUUCCAUCAUGGAUGUUCAGACAUUUAUUUUUUAAAAAGUAGAAAUUAUGAAGAUCUAUGAUACCAGACAAUUUAUUGCAGAAUUUGUUCCACUGAUUUAAUUAAUUAAAUUAAAGUGUUAUUGCCUGUUGCCACAACGUGUUCUUGUGCAUGCGCCUUUGGUUUUGCAAACACAGUUACUGUAAAAAGUCAUUGGGAUAUCAACCAUUGAAUGGUCUGGUCAUUUUUCCAGAAAAUAUACCUAAAUUUAUAUUUCAAAUACAAUUUGCAAAUAUGUUAUAUAGAGUAAGAUCGUUGUAGAGUUGUGUUUUCAGUAUCUAUUUCCGCCUUCUUUAAUCAAUCAUGUGUUAGGUGUAGUUGCAGUAUUUAUAUCCUUUUAUCUUUUUAAUAUAAUUUCAGUUAAAAGGAUCACUAACAUGAGUUGGAAUAUUUCAUUCUGUAGCAGCCAUCUGUGCAUGUACUUAGGGUAGGAAGGUUGGGGUAGAAAUAAUUAUGAGAUCUUAGCAGUGGGGUUUCUACUUAUGCCAUCAACUCUUCUAUUCAAUUUCAUAGUAUUACUUCUCUCGAAUGAUGCUACUAAGUUGUAGUUAUAACCGAAUGCAAAAAAAAGGUAAUAUGCAAAAUACCAAUCUGCUUGCUCUAAAUUUAAUUCAUAAAAGGACUUUAUCCCAAAUCACUUUUAUAAAUGUGUUGGUGCACCAUUUAAAAGUAAAAUCUAUUUUGAUUCAGUAGUUUACAUGUUAAUGAAUGCCAAGAUAAUUUUACACUUGUCUAUUAUCACAUUCUUUGCUGAAGUAUAGUUGACAUAUCUUUCUGUGAAUGGUCAGCACAAGCUUAAAUUUAUUACCCUUGGCUGCACUGACAAAGUUAACUAUGGUUUCAUGUAUGUAAAUUGAAUAUUCAACUUCAUUGAAUAUCAAUUCCUAUGUGACUUUAGUCUGUGAAACCAAUGUAAUGAGUGGUAUGAAAGGGGGUGUUAACAAAAAUGCUAUGAUGUCGAAUGAUUGAAGAAUAAAGAACAUUGUCACCCAUUUUAGGUUUGAUUGUCAAUGUUUUUUUAGAGAAAUUACAAUUUGGCAUUUACUUAUAUCACUAUUUAAAAUUAUAUGAAGAUUUUGCAGAUGGUGGUAUUUUCAAAUUUUAUCCCCUACUUAGCAUUACAAUAUAUUCAUUAGUACUUGGCUUAAAGUACAUUUGGUUAAUAAAAGUAACCUAACAAGUUGGGAAUAUUAAUUAGUGGUUUGUAAAGCCCCCCAAUGAACUUAACUGACAAUAAAUAUUUUAUCACUUCCUAAUUCCCAGCAAAUAUUUUUAUAUGGUGAUUUUUCUGGUGAUGUGACGGCUUUGUUUACCAUACAAUGAGAACCAUGUUGGAACAAAUAAGAGAUAAAUCUUGAAUGUGUCAAAAUUAAAUAUACAAUUUUUGUGUAUACUAAACACUAAAUGACAAGAUGCUCUGAACACAUACUUAUUGCAAGAUUUAAAAAAUCUUCUAUUGAAUGUGCUAACGUUAUAAGUAAUUGUAACUAAAUCUAUAUCUGAAGUUGAUAGCUCUUAUUAAAUAAAAUUGAUUGUCGCUGGAAGAUGUGCUAUCCUGUAACGCAUUACAUCUAAUUAUGAUUGGUUACCAUUUGAAUGCUAUAGCAUUCAUAGGCUAUGGAUACUCUUUGAUUUUGAUAAGAUAUUAAUGAUAGAAAUAACUUGAUAGUCCAAUAUUAAUCAAGUUUUGUUUGGAAGACAUUUCUUUUCAUAAUAUGUAAGUAACACGUUAAGUUUGUACCUGCUUUCAGAUCAUUUAAUGAUUCCAGCAUAUGUUUUGGGUAGUUUGUUUCGAAGCACUAACAAUUGCAGUAAAGCUAAGAGCUAAUUAAAUAACCAAUAUAACUUAAUUAAAUACACAAAUGGAAGACCAAAUAUCUUCCCAAAUAAAACAUAUCAACUUUCAAGACAUUGUCUACUUAAAAUAUAACACUGCAUUUUAUGUCUCUGACCCUUCAAUUCUUUAGGUAUUUUUCUCCGAACAUCCCUUAAAUUAAUUAUGAUUGAAAAAAAGUAUACACUUGGUUAAAAAGUCUAUUAAGUAUGAACUGUAGUUAAGACAUUUUUAAAAAGAGCUGUUCAAUCAUUAUAGCAGGAGCAUCAGAUUUAUUAAUCUAUUCAAAAUGAUGCAUUUAAAUAUUAAGGAACAUCAUCAUAUAUUGAUGAUUAUGCUUUGCAGUUUUCCACUGUUCUUGAGUUUUUGCAUUAUAGAUUAGUUUAUAGAGUUUGGAUGCCUGUGUAUUUAUUCUGGAUGCCUGUGUAAUGUCUGGUACGUAUUCAUGUGCUGUGGUGCAUAUUGUGCAUAUUAUCCGAAGUUUGACUGCAUGCAAUUUUUCAAAUUUGUAAGUAGCCUACCAGAGACUAAAUGGAUGCACACAUAUUAAUAAAGGCUGUAAAAUAAUAUGUGGAAGGCUGAAAUAAUUAGGAUGUUAUUAGAAUGUGUACUUGCAACCAGCAAUAAAAGAUAAUGCUUUCUUGAAAUUUUUACUAUGUAAACUUAGACAAAUGUGAGCUAUUUACAUAGAAAUCCCAUCAAAAUCGUUUUCCCCUUUUCAAAUCUCAUUUUAUGGCAUUAAUUGUUUUAACAUCAUAUGUUGUAUUAUGUGGUAGAUCACAACAAAAAUUGCAAUGUGCACCAGAUACAUAGGACCUUAAUGUCAAGCAUCAUUCAGUUAUCUACGAUUACUGCCACAACAGCUACAUUUAUCCUUGGAAUUAGCUGUCAGCCCUUAUGGCAUACUAAAAUUACAUCCAAAGAUAUCCAAGGAUGGCAGCAAUACAGAUAUUCCUUACUGAAUAUUUAGUACUUGACCAUAAAUUUCAAUCUGUACUGAAUGUCCUCAGAAUUAGAUUCAAUUGGGAGUGAAGUAUUUUCUCACCAUGAAACUAAAUUCCCAUUCAUAGGCAGAUAAUAGUUACAUUCCUUUUAUACAUUGGGGUUAAAAUCAAUGUUUUUUUUCUAUUG